AUGCCACCACUAGGCCAUCCGCUGAGACCAAGAGCGAUCGGACUGUACAAGCACCUGCACAGGCUAGGACGCUCCUACCCGGACCCGUCGUACAACUUCCUCGGCAAGCUGCGAAGCAUGUUUGCCAAAAACGCCGCCCUCACCGAUAUGCACCAGGUCGAGGAGAAGCUCAAACUCGCCGAGUUUGUCGCCAAAGAGACCGAGACGCUCUAUUCGUUGAAAAAGUACCGCACCCUCAAGCGCAGAUACUAUGCCGAUAGCGACCACUGA